GUUGAUAUGGUGGUACUGGUGGCUACUGGCUACGUCAUAUGUAUUUGAAACAAGGGGCGAGCCGUUUCCAGUCCAGUUUCCAGUUCCCCUUUCCAUUUGAAACGUUUUUAUUUCGAGACAGGUUGUAUUUAAAUCGAUAAUGUUCGGACACGGGUGUUGGGUUGGUGAUUGUUGAGCCUCGAGCGAAGGACAAUGUUGAGAUCUCCACCUCAGGAAGCAAUAACAAUGGACAACACGAGUAUUAACAACGGAGGCGAGAGAGUGGGCGACUCAGGGAUGACCCUGCCAGGGGUGCUGUACCGUCGUGUCACAGGACUUUGCGGCUUUAACUGUUUUUCCGGUGGAAAGAAGACCGACGAAGGAUAUGUCGAAUUCGGCCAGAGUGACGAGCUCUCACCAGGGCGGACCCUCGGCACCUUCGCCGGUGUUUUCAGCCCCGUCGCUUUGUCCAUGUUCAGCGCCCUUCUCUAUCUUCGUGUCGGUUUUAUUGUUGGAAACGCUGGCCUUCUAGUAACUCUUUUACAAUUCAUAAUAGCUUAUUUGAUAUUAUUUUUCACUGUCACUUCUAUUUGUGCAAUAUCAACAAAUGGUGCUGUUGAAGGAGGAGGAGCUUAUUUUAUGAUUAGUCGAACUUUAGGACCUGAAUUUGGAGGAUCAAUUGGUACUCUGUUCUUCUUAGCUAAUAUUGUUAGCAGCGCCCUGUAUGUCAUAGGCUGUGCUGAAGGAAUAGUCGAAAACUUUGGCCCAGGAGGCUAUUUGAGCAUAAAUGGGUACGAAUUGAAAGACGGCAGUUGGUGGAGGUUCGGAUAUUCCUCGGUGCUAAAUCUACUGAACCUCCUAGUAUGCCUGAUCGGCGCCGGAAUGUUUGCAAAGAUCAGUGUUAUAAUAUUCAUAAUAGUCUGCAUUUCACUGGCGUCUGUUAUUGUUUCGUUUGUAAUGACGGGACCCAUGGAGAUUGCAAUUCCCGAUGUUAAUAUAGACAAUAGCACUAGCCAUAUGGUAAACGCGACAUACACCGGGCUAAGUUGGCAAACUUUAAACAACAAUCUCUAUCAGAACUACACAAGGGAUUACACGUCAAAUGGGCACAUGACGGAUUUUGCAACUGUUUUUGGAGUAUUGUUUUCCGGAGUGACUGGUAUAAUGGCUGGCGCGAAUAUGUCAGGUGAACUUAAAGAUCCAGGAAAGAGCAUCCCAUGGGGAACAAUGUCUGCAGUGUUUUUCACACUCGUUUCAUACAUCACAGUGUCAACGCUGAGUGCUGCGACUUGCUCUAGGUUCUUGAUGACCACUAAUUUCAUGUAUAUGAUGCCUAUAAAUUUAGUACCUGCGUUUAUAACUGUUGGCGUGCUCACUGCAACCUUUUCCGCCUCUUUGAGUAACUUGAUCGGAUCUUCAAGAGUGCUGGAAGCUUUAGCGAAAGAUAAUAUAUAUGGAAACUUCGGCAAAGCUAUUCUGCCAGCAUUACGUCUUGUGUUACCUGAUUGUUUAUUACGUUUAGUUGCAGUGUACACAGGUCGGCUUCUUACUUGCAUAACCAAAGGAGUUUACCAAGGGAACCCAGUCGCCGCGGUGUUUUCUUCUUGGUUCCUUGUACAAAUCAUACUUUUGAUCGAUUCUCUUAACAUCAUCGCACAGAUCAACUCUGUCCUCUUCCUUCUUAGCUAUUUUGCGACAAACCUUGCCUGCCUUGGUCUCGAUCUGACAUCCGCUCCAAAUUUCAGGCCGUCGUUCAAAUAUUUCUCCUGGUCGACAGCUCUAAUCGGCAUUGUAGGAACAUUGGUGAUGAUGUUCGUAAUCAACCCACUUUAUGCGAUUUCUUCCAUUGUUCUCUGCUUUCUGCUCAUUGUUUUGCUUCAUUUAUUCUCACCUUCCUCUCAGACAGCAGACUGGGGAUCAAUCACACAAGCUCUUAUCUUCCAUCAGGUUAGGAAAUACCUACUCAUGCUUGAUUCAAGAAAAGACCAUGUCAAGUUCUGGAGACCUCAAGUUUUACUUCUAGUUGCAAACCCAAGGGGCUCAACACCCUUGGUUCAUUUUGUGAACGACAUGAAAAAAUCAGGACUUUACGUGCUUGGCCAUGUUAUCGUGGGCAAAGAAUUUUCAGAGCUUGAUUCCGACCCGACUGUUCCACUUAAUUCAAAAUGGCUUUCUUUUGUCGACCAUUUGAGGGUGAAAGCUUUUGUCGAGCUGACAGUUGCUAGGAGUCUCAGGGAAGGUUUGAACCACUUGUCUCAUUUGGCCGGCCUUGGAGCCAUGAAGCCAAAUACAAUAGUGUUAGGCUUCAGGGAUAAUCAAGGCCCAGUGGAUUUUUUCAAACAUAUUGGCUCGGAUUACAUGACUGAUAAAUUUGAGCAUGAGAGAGAUUUUGAACUGCGAGAUGAACAAAGCCAAGUUGACCCCGAGGAAUAUGUCUAUCUCAUUUCUGAUAUUUUGAGAAUGCAAAAGAAUAUUUGUAUCGCUAGGCAUUUUCACAAUUUCAGCAAACUGCAAAUUGCCAAGACGAGCAAUUAUAAAUAUAUCGACGUCUGGCCGGUGAAUUUCUUCAAACCUUCUGCCAAUGAUGUGAACGAUACAACAAGUCUUUUUAUGCUUCAGCUAUCAUGCAUCAUUCAUAUGGUUCAAGGUUGGAAACACCUUAGGCUGAGAGUAUUACUAUGCGAAGACCAGGCUUCAAUUUCCGAUCUGACAGAUUUUUCUAUUAGGAGAUCAACAACUCACACACAAGUGAGACUACUUCUGGACUGCCUGCGUAUCAAGGCCGAGAUCGAGCACGUUGAGAAUUGGUCGAGGCUGAGGGCAUCUUUGCGAGGGAGCGAAAUGAGCUUGGAUAAAAAUAACGAAACAUCAAGAUUGUAUUUAACAAAUGUUAAUAAAUUGAUCCUGAGCAAAUCGACAGACACCGCGAUUAGUUUUCUGUAUCUGGAACGACCUCCAAGUGACCCGUCUCUGUCUCAAGACUAUUUAGACUCCCUUACGGAGCUUACUGCGAACCUGCGGCCCUGUUUACUCGUACACGGCAUCAGGGCAGUAACGUCAAUGACAUUAUAGUGCAUGAAUGCAUUACAUAAAUAUUAGAUCUAACAGCUGAUCAUCAUAAAAAAUUAACAUUCCAAGAAAAAAGUGGAGGGAAAUUUUCUGUUUUAAUUACCAAAGGCAAUGUGCUGUAUUUUAUAAUUUAUUUUAUAAAAAAAUAUAUGUAUUAAGAAAAAAGGCAAGUGAAAAAAAAUGAAAAUACAGUAUCACAAUUAUUAACUAAUCUAUAAAAACGUGUUAUUAUUAAUUACAAAAUAAAGCCACCAAUUGAAUUGGAGACUUCUUACUUUGUUAAAUGAGUUGUAACUAAAUGAGGGAUAUUUGAAAAAUGAAUAAUUUUAAUUUUUCAAUUUAGUUUUAAAAUUUCUGGAUUCACUUACCAUUUACUUUUUUGUCUACAUUCGAACAAUUUUUGUAUUAGAAUAAUUUUAAAUGUAUCAAACAUAAUUUGACACAAACCAGGGCAAUUUUUUUCUUCAAUUUAGUAAGCAUUUAGUCCAUGUUACUAUCCUUAGCGCACAAAUAUUUUUUUUAAAUUUACUGCGUAAACAUUCCAUUAAAAACAAAGAAACAAAACCAACACACAAUGAUAUUAUAAAAUAUAAAUAGGUUAGAAUGCAACAUAUCUUCUAGUUUGUAGUCUUCCAGAUAUAUAAGCAAUUAACAUAAAUUGUGCUUUAGACUGAAAAAAAGAAAAAAAGGAUGUAAUUAACAAUCUGACUUAAUAUUUUUUUACAAGACCAUACAUAAAACAGCAUAUUUUUACAAUGUAUGAAAUGUGUUGGCAUGUUACAGGAAAAACAAUUACAAAACAAAUUGCUAACCUUUAUAUUCACAGGGUUUAAGAAAAAAUAAUAUAAGCCGUUAAUAUAAAAUCAAUUUGUAUUAUUGGUAAGUGUUAUUUAUAUAUGUACUUGAGAUGAGAUUAUUUAUUAGUUUAUUUAUUUUGAUAUUUUAUUAAUAUAACCGUAUUAUAUAAUAAUGUUUCUUCAGCCUUAGAACUUUAUUAUUUUUAUCAAUUUAACAAUUUCUGUCUAAAAGUUGUUGAGCAAAUGAUAUGUAUUACAUUCGGGUGAGCAAAUAAAAAUGUCUGUUUUCAAUUUUUCAA